AUGGGCUGCUGCCAAGACAAGGACUUUCCGACCUCCGAUGAACAGGGCAAGGACGGUGACUCUGAGGAUGGUGGGACCACGGAAGACAGAGGGCCCAGGGAGAGGGAAAGGGGGCUGCCCGAGAGAAGAGCUGAGCUGAGCAGCCUCGUCGUCCCCUUAGGUGCGGGAGAGACGGACUUGGACUCCCCGGGCCACCAGAAUCAGAGGUCUAAGUCGAACGAAAGCCUUCUGAUCACCGUACUGUGGCGGCGGCUAUCCAUGUUCAGUCAUCGGGGCUCUGCGCGGUCAUCAAGCAAGAGGCAUUCAGAGCACGUCCAUAGGGAGAGUGCGAUCCGAGACCAUAACCAGGAGGAGACCCAGGAGGAGCCGGAGAAGGGGUGACCCCAGCCCUGCUCUCAGUCCGCCCUAGACUCCAGAGAAUAAAAUUUCUAACGUGGGCCUGCCCAAGCACUUGUGCCUCUGC